CGCACAUCACAACUCGGCCCUCUUGCGCCACGCAGAUCUUUGUCAGACGCCGCUAUACCACUCUGUUGUCGACCACUUCCAACACCUGCUUGGGCCGGCGUUUGGCCGCGUCAGCGACGCCGCUGAGCCUGCAGCCUGCACGAACCGCCCCUUACUAGCCUUCACGGGCAGUGUGCGUUCGUCGCUAGAUACGAACCUUACCCAGCACAUCUACAUCGCUGACACUACCACUGGCACCCUCACUGUUGUCCUGCACGGUGCCAACAACGCUCGCAGCCCACAAUGGGCUCCUGAUGGCCGCCGCUUGGCAUUUCUAAGCGACUCGACGGAAUCUGGCAUCUACCAGGUAUACAUAGUCGACAUCACGGACCCGUGUUUACCUUGCAGCCCAAAGUCUGUAGUGUCUCUACCUGGAACGGCGGAAACACUCACGUGGAGCCCUGAUGGCUCACAUCUGUUGGUCCAGGUGGCCGAGCUGGAUGCGGACCAGCAGGGGCGCUUGGCAAGCAAUUCAUCUAGUUGGAUGCCGUCAAUUCAUGCACGAGGACUUGCUCGUGGUUGGCGAAGUGCGUGGGUGGUUGACCCUUCAAUGCAUCAGGCGAACCGUGUGGGUGAACAAGAAGCCAACAUAUGGCAAGUAACGUGGAUGGGUAAAGAGCAGCUACUGGCCGUGGUGUCACCAUCGCCUGAUGAGGAUUCAUGGUAUAAUGCGCAUCUCGCAGCGUUUGACUUGCGUAACGGAAAAUGGCGUGCGCUGUACGCUGGGUCGAAGCAGCUUGGGAAGCCUGUGGCGGCUCCAUCCGGAAGCGCUGCUGCAGUUAUUGAGGCUGUGGCCAGUGACCGAGGCGGCAUUGCUGGACAUAUACUUCUCUUUGAUCCAGCCCCACGUACGCUCGAUGUGAACGAUGUUGAUGUCACCGACCUAUGCUGGACGCGUGAGUCUCUUUUGUCGUUCGUCGGGCUGCGUAAAGGCCGUACAGUUGCGGGUCAUUACUGUCUGGAGUCGGGAACAGUAGAAGAGCACUGGAACAGCCCACUGACAUGCGGCCAUCUACUACCAGAGAUUGCCGUCACUCGUGAGGGGGCGUUUGCGGUGAUAUCUGAGGGCUGGGAACAGCCUCCGGCGCUAUGUGAGGUCCUCAAUGGGCGUGAGCGUGUUAUUGCAGAUUUCGCACAUCCUGGGACAGACUGGCUCCGGUCACGCGUUGGGAGUGCUGAGCUUACCGUUUGGUGCAGCACUGAUGGACUCGAAGUAGAUGGCCUCCUCUGCAAACCUGCAGGCCGAGGCGAGCCACACUCAUUUGUGCUAAACGUACAUGGAGGACCAGUAUGGGCAUUUCGGAAUCAAUGGCAGAUGAGAUCUCCCAUCGUAGCGCUACUUGUCGCACGCGGCUACGCUGUUCUAAGCGCUAACCCGCGCGGCUCAGUUGGCCGCGGUGCCGCUUAUGUCGAUCGUGUACUUGGCGAUAUGGGUGGCGGUGAUGCACAGGACUUGGUCUCGGGCGUCGACGAGAUGGUAGCGCGCCAUGUUGCAGAUCCAGCCCGUGUGGGUGUCAUGGGAGUAAGUUAUGGAGGAUAUAUGGCAGCAUGGCUCCCCACACUCGGUCAGCGCUUCGCAGCUGCCGUGCCUAUCGCUGGUGUCACAAACUGGAUGUCUAACCAUGCCACCUCCAAUAUCGGAAUUUUCGACGAGCUUUUCUUCCACGCCUCACCCUACGAUGACCGUGGACCCUACCUUACAAACAGCCCCGUUAUGCGCGCUUCCCGUGACCAUGCGCGCUUCCCGUGACCAUGCGCCCACACUUCACAUCGCCGGCGCUCUUGACCGCUGUGUCCCACCUUCUCAGGCCAUCGAACACCAUCGUGCCCUCAUGGACGCUGGCGCGGAGUCAGCAAUGAUCGUUUACCCACGAGAGGGUCACGGUAUACGCCAGUUCCCCGCCUAUCUAGACUUUUCUUGCCGUGUAGCAGGCUGGUUCGAGCAUCACAUGCCUGCUUAAGGUAGAGAUCUAGAAAGUCUAGAUAUGCCCUCACUAUAUCAAUAUUUUGAUUGCUCCAGAUGUUCUAGCUCAAGAUAGUAUUCCUGGGCCAAUUAUAAUCAAAUAGAAAAGCACCUGACAAGGUGAUAUCUCCC